GGUUGUUUCAUAGUCUUGGGGCUGAUGUUCUUGUAGGGUUUUAUACAGUGUGUGACUCAUGUACACGCACACACACACACUCAGAAAACACAUAAACCUCCCCCUUAUCGCCACACCCACAAUAGAAACUGAACUCUGCUCCUGUGAGUUUUUCCUCGCACCAACACCUGAGGAGAGACGUCCCUGAACUCACGGUAAGAGAAUAAAAAUUUGUUCUAUUUCACAUUUAUUCACAUUUAUUUCCCAAUAUUACAACAAAGAUGAAACGUACGAGGGGCUGUUUGUUUGUUUAGUUAGUAUUUGCACACUUGGCCUCCUGUUCAAACCUGUGCUCACCGAUCAUGUGUUGUGAAUUCUGACCUCCUCUCUCAUGUGACUUCUGUGAACCUUGAUUUUGCUCCCAUUUGUCUUAUGAUCCAUUUAUUAUUUAGAAAUCAUGAAUGAUGUACAAUCUGACAACAUGUGUAGAGUUUAAGCUUCCUGAUAAGUACAGAUUUGUUGUUAUAUCUGAAAACAUCACCCAUAGAUGAAAGACAGUCAGUUCUGAUACAAAUUUGUUCCUUUUUCAUAACGUGACAUUAAAAAAAUCACAAGUUUUUAAUCCUGAGAUCAAGUGAUGUGAAAAUUUGUCACGGUGAAAGUUACAUCUUUUCUGCUGUGAUUUGGUUUAAGAGGAAAAACCUCUUCAAAGUCAGAGUGAAUGACCGCAUCUGAGGCUCUUCUGAAUGUCACUGUUUCCUCUAUUAAUCGAGAUAUUUUUCUGUAAACCUGCUAAAAAAUCUUCCAAACACCGCUUUUAAAAGCCAUUUUAAGUCUUGUAACUUUGCAUCUUUUAGGUGAUUUUUGCACCUGAGAAGUUGAAUUUUCUCAUCUGUAUCAGUGUCAGUGAAAUCAGAGCCUCUGACCUCUUUAUACAUCCAUUAUCACUGAGAACUUUGUAGGUGAUCAAGCAGAGUGGAAAAUCUGAUCAGUAAAUCAUUGCAUAAUAUCAGCGACCAGUGAAGCACCAUAAUAGAAGAUUGUAAAACCAUAUGAGGUCACUGGAUGAGCUGUUUUUCAGUAAGGAGUACUUUUGUGAGACCAUUCUAUUUCUGCCCACCUGUAGAGAUGGGCAGUAAAAUAAUCUCAGUGUCUCAAGCAUUUAUGAGGCUUAAGUUCAAAGUUUAUUUUCCUGUUGAUGCAUGGGGGAGAAGAGGCCCACCUUGAAGUCGUCCACCCUUCAAACAUGUUUGAAGUCUAUGAAGUGAAGCAGUCGAAGAGGGCUGAAGUCUUCUUUUAGAUCGUACAAAUUCAGCAUUGUCUGUUUUCCCCUACAGGUUUCUGCUGUGACUUUGACUUCACCCCUAUUCUGGUUCAUCUGGAGUUUCACUACAUUGGUUUAAAGGAUGGCUUUUGAAUCUCUCCCUAUUUUACAGUAAGAACAUUAUCUUCCCACUGGUGUGUAUUUUAAGUCAUUUUUCGACCCGCCUGCAAUGUUUGAUUAGUGAUGAGCAAAAAACUAAGAAGAAAAUAACUGUUAUUAUCUUUCUGGAUCAGAAAUUAUCACAGGUUAUCUAAUGAUACCAUCCUCAUCUCCUCCUCACAUCCAAACCAGUUAAAUCUCUCUUUUCCUCUGAUUGCACCCAUGCUCACCUUCUUCAUGCUCUUCUUCCUUUUUCAAGGAUCUUCAUGGGCAUCAUGGGCUUUGGGCUCAUCAUCAUAUUCUGCACCACCUUCUGCAGGGUGUGUAGUCGCAUACGGGACGAGCAGAUUGAGAUUGCAGCUCAGAGAAAUGCUGCACAGAACCCCCAUCCCCAUUCCGUUUACUUCAUCCCUUUUCCACGAAACUUGUCGCAAGACGAUGAAGACCUUCCAAGAGUACCUCGAUACAGCCAGGCGGUCCAGAUGCCACCACAAUAUGGCACAUCUCCAUACUCAGGACCACCACCUGCAUAUAGUGAGGUAAAAAGUGCACCUAUAAAACACAUCAAUGAUCUAUAACACUCACUUCAGUCUGUAUUUGAAUUCAAACUCUUCAUUGUGUUAUUCUCUGUGUUCACCAGCUGGGAUUGAAACCUGAUGAUAUGCCCCCUGCUUACACCGAGAACAGCACUCCUCACAUAGUCUCAGUUCAACCACAGUCACAGUAACACUGAGGGGCCAGGACCAUCACUCUGUGCCUGUGUUGAUGUUAUGGACGGUCUCGACCAUGGACUCCUGUGAGCUGGCACUUUAAAAUGCUUUAAGAUGUUUUUAUUCUCAUUCUGUGUUUUUUUUUUAUUGUGGUGAUGGAUAUGUUUAAAGGAUGGAGGGAAUGAUAGCUGUAAAGGAGGCACAAGGUUAAAAGCUACAGCUCCAUAAAUAUAGAGCACACUCUCCAGGCCAAUAAAACACUCAGGAACUAAACUAUACUGUAUUUCCAUGGAUGAUGAUUGUCAAAAUGGGAAAGAUGUUUCAACCGACAACUAAAAAGGACAAAGGUUGUACCUUUGGCCCUGUUUGUUUGAUUAUGUUUGUUUUGCAUCAGUAUAAUAUGUAGGUACUAACACGCUGGGUUUAUAUCAUAGAUUGUACGUAAUUGGUGGAAUUGGUUAGUGCAAAGAAACUGAACUGAAAACCUUUUUGUUUUUUAAUCCUCUUAAUUGUGAAUAAAUAAGUUGUUUUUGGUAACUUGCCCCCUACUGGCCACUUGACAUAAUGCAGGUUUCAUAAAGUCCAUAGUUUAACUGCAGGUGCAAAAAUGAAUCAAAUGCUGCCACCAUGUGGCCUGUUAUGAAGCCAUCUGUUUUGGCUCAUGUUUAAUGAGGGGACUGCUUUUUACAGCAGUGAAAAUUUACCCACUCAUUGCACCUUUACAUUUUCAGGAUGACACAAAAAGGAACCAGCCAUUAUCAAUAUUUGUGCAUCUAUUCAAAUUUUUGCAUCUUUUUUUUUUUUUUUCAAACAAGACAUUAUCAAUGACAGGGUUUUUUCUAUUGAUGCUGAGCCUAAUUGAAAAACGUAAUUUUUUGUUUUGUUUUGGGUUUUUUUUACAGAAAAUUUAGGUUUACAUAUUUUUGAGGCACUCUGAGGUAAUUUCUCAUGUGGUUCUCUCUAUAGUUUUUCUUUUGUGUGAAAAAAAGUAAAAAUGUGCAUCAAUAAAUUGAAGCUGUAGAUGAAUAUAACCUCAACAGAGCAGGCUUGAGACUUGUGACAAGCAGUCGUGAUUUUUCGAAUGACUUACUGACGGAUUUGUAUUGUUUUAAACUCAGUCAGGAGCAACUUUCAGAAAGUUUUGAUGGUUAAAAGACACAUCAUGAUCUCUGAUGGUUAAACUCGACUGUAAAAUUCUGUUUGUAUUCCUGGCACUGUGAUUUUCUCUGUUGUCUUUUUAUUAGUUUAAAUUAGACUGGACAAACCCACUUCCAUUCCCAUGGUGCUACAGUAUUACCUGUAGAGGUAUGUAUAUAUUCAGGAUCAUCUGCAGAUGACCUGAACACGUGUAUUGCUGUUGAGAUAACUUCUUUAACAGGAGAUUUGUUCUGGAAACUUAAGUUAAAAAUGUAUUUAGCAAAUCAUGAGAAUGUGAAUGAAAUGUGAAGCGUGUGAACAAAUAUCCCAAGAGAUUUAUUCUAUUCCAAGGACAAAUAUUUUUAGACAUGAUGAAGUAGCUGGUCUACAAGCAGGUCUCUGAAUUACAUGGUUUUUAAUAUUGUACCAGGGGAUCUUUAAGUCUAAAUUAAAAAUGUGGACUUAGAACUAAAUAUUUGUUCACAUACAUUAAAUUUUAUACCUAUUUUUGUAAAUAAAAGUUCAUAAUAAAGAUGUCUUAUGCAUAUGUUGUAUAUGUGUUUCAACAGACAAUAAAUGAAGCACUGUGACUCGGGUCUAUGUUGUGUAUUCAAAUCCACAAAAUUAAAAGUUCAUCUUUAUGCUGUUUUA